ACACCAGACUCCACUCCAGAGAUUCAUUUUAUGUUGUUCUUUAAUCACAAAAGAUAUUCUACCAAGGCUUAGUUAGUUUAUAACAACUAGAACCGAUAAAGCUUAGUAAUUGUGUAUUAAUUUUUUAGAAUAUUUUCACAAGGGUGCCGCUGCUCUUUCAUCCAGCUCCAGCAGCCCAGCCUUUCUUUUCACCCUCAACUCCCAAAUCUGAGCCUAAUUUUCACAAGCUUAUGAAGCUUCUGGGAUUGCUCCAUUAUUUGAAAUUUAUCGCUUUCACUGAAGAGUGUGAAAAGUAAGGCUUUUUGAAGUGAUCAGUUGAUUGAAUUUCACCUAUUCAAAUUAAGUUUGAAUAUGGGGAAAGAGGAUUCUUGAUUAGUGUCAGAUAGUGACUAUUCAUGAAAGUGAUUAAACAUCUUUCAUGGACAAUGGUGGUGGCUGAAAUGGAGUUGGGUCGCUGUAUGAUUUAAUCUGUACAAUUCAACUGUUUCUUUGUUGUGUCAUAGUGUCACUGUAUCAUUUUGUACCCGAACUCCAGACAACAGAUUUCAAUGGGAGAAUCUCGACCUCCUUAUUCUCCAUUUAAUCUUUCUGAAUCUACCUCUUCGAAUAACACUGGAAGAUUUCAACUAGAUGGGCAUGGAAUUCGUGGUGGUCCUAGAAUUCAGGACCUGAAGAAGAGAGGCCAUGGAAGUCGUUCUUGGAUAAAGAUUGAUGUUAAUGGAGACACAGAGAUUUUGGAGCUUGACAAGGCUUUCAUAAUGAGACACUGUUCUUUGCCUGCCAGAGACCUUAGGCUUUUGGAUCCCUUGUUCAUUUACCCUUCCACAAUAUUAGGACGCGAAAAGGCUAUUGUCAUCAGUCUGGAACAAAUCAGAUGUAUAAUUACAGCUGAUGAGGUUAUUCUUAUGAAUUCAUUAGAUGGAUCCGUUAUUCAAUACAAGUCGGAAUUGUCGAAGCGCCUUCAGUCAAACAAACAACACUCGGAUGAUCAACCUUUUGAAUUUAGAGCGUUGGAGUUGGCAUUGGAACUAACUUGCAUGUCUCUAGAUGCUCAGGCAAUAGAACUGGAAAUGGAGAUAUACCCUGUGCUAGAUGAAUUGGCAUCAUCUAUAAGCACUCAUAACCUAGAACGUGUUCGCAGACUUAAAGGCCAACUGCUUGCCCUGACUCAGCGAGUUCAGAAGGUCCACGAUGAAAUAGAACAUCUCAUGGAUGAUGACGAAGACAUGGCUGAGAUGUACCUGACUGAGAAGAAACAAAGGUCUGAGGGUUAUCCUGUGAGUGACCUUGGUUUUCAAUCAGGUACGUUCUAUGAGGCCAAAACAUUGUCAAAAUCUGCUCCUGUUUCACCAGUGGGGUCAAUCGGUGGAGUUCAUAAAUUGCAAAGGGCUUUUAGCCAAUUGACAAGUUCAAGCAGACAUGGAAGCUUCAUUAGUUCAUCCAACAGUGGAGAAAACAUUGUACAACUUGAAAUGUUGCUCGAGGCGUACUUUGUCGUCAUCGACCACACUCUCAGCAAGUUGUCUACGCUUAAGGAAUACAUCGACGAUACAGAGGAUCUGAUAAACAUAAAACUGGGAAAUGUGCAGAAUCAGCUGAUACAAUUUGAGUUGCUUAUAACAGCAGCUACAUUUGUGGCAACAAUAUUUGCUGCAGUGACUGCUGUAUUUGGAAUGAACUUUGAAGAAGCAACUAUCUUUAACUAUCCAUCUGCAUUCAAUUGGGUUCUAAUUAUAACUGGCUUUUUAUGUGGAUUCUUGUAUUUGUCAUUCCUCAUUUAUUUUAGGCACAAAAAAGUAUUUCCAUUGUAAUUUGUUGAGCGGGGAGACUAAUCUUAUCCCAAUGCAAAUGAUUCUUUCGUCUUUUCUUAUUUAUUAAUCUUGUUUGUCUUGUCUCAACUAAUGUAGUGGUCAUUUAUCAA